AUGGCUGAUAGUUCAACAGAUCAAAAUAAUGAAACCGAGCCUGGUUUUCAAAAAUUAAAGGAACAUAUUUUUUUACAUAAAAUUGAUUUCGCUUUAUGGGUCACUAGAGUAUUUAGUAUUUUCUUUACCAUAGGUUAUUUUAUUCCAUUGUUUUGGAAUCCAUACUCAUUGUAUUAUAAAACUUUAAUGAGUAAUGCAUCUACAAGUGCUUUAAGGCUGCAUCAAAGAUUACCACAAGUCUCAUUUACAAAGCAAUUUCUUCAACAACUACUUCUUGAAGAUAGUUGUCAUUACCUGUUUUAUUCAAUUAUAUUUUUGUAUAUUGCUCCAAUAACAUUGGCUUUGCAACCCAUAUUAUUGUUUAGCAUUCUCCAUUCUGCAAGCUAUUCUCUCACAUUAUUGGAUUGCUUAGGUCAAAAUUCUUGGUGGGGUGCAAGGUUUCUAAUAUCGUUGGUCGAGUUUCAAUCUAGAAACCUUUUAAAACUUAUUUCAUUCACAGAAAUAUUCCUUAUGCCAUUUUCUGUUAUUUUAUUGUUGCUAGGUUAUGCAAAUUUGUUUACUCCAGUAUUCUAUUAUCAAUUUUUAUGUUUGCGUUAUUCAUCUCGACGAAACCCGUACACAAGAAAUUUAUUUCACGAAUUGAGAAUGCUUUUGGAGAAAACUGCAUACAAACCUGGAAUGCCCCAAUUUGUUAGACAAGCUUUGUUGACUGUUGUUUCAGUUGCUUGCAAACUUGCCCCCAAUGUUCACGUUCAAGAAAAUUAA